AUGUGCCAAGGAAAAUUGGUCGAUGGUAAUAAUCCCUAUGAUGCAUAUAAAGAGCUUUACACAAGAUAUAAAGGUGUUUAUAACAAAUAUUUGAAUUCUAAAGUUUUACCAUCUAUUCUAAAGAAGCAUGAUGAUGACGAUGUAUCUAUGUUGCAAGAACUCGUUAAGAGGUGGGAAAAUCACAAGGUCAUGGUAACUAAGCUUGCUAGGUAUUUCAAUUAUAUGGAUCGCCAUUAUACUAGUCUAAUAGGACUUCCUUCGCUGAAAGAUGUUGGGUUUGAUUGCUUUCGCGAAAUUGUGUAUGAGAAGAUGAAAGUGAAUGUUAAAGAUGUUGUUAUUGCGUUGGUUAAUAUAGAACGCGAGGGAAAUGAAAAUGAAAUUGAUCGGUGUUUGGUCAAGGAUGUUGUAGACAUUUUCGUAGAAAUUGAGAAUGGUAAGUUGGAUUGUUAUGUCAAUGAUCUUGAAACUGCGGUUUUAACUGACUUGGUCGAUUACUAUACGGGGAAAGGUUUUUAUGAGAAUACGCCUAUAGAGUGUUUGCAAAUGGAAAAGGAUAGGGUGUCUCAUUAUUUGCACCCGAGUUCUAAGGAGAAGUUGUUGUCCAAGGAAGCUCAAGUGUUGCCUGAAAGAACCAAACAGGGUCAUAGAAAGAAAAUUAGAUUCUCCCAAUGUGAUGUCGCUGCUUGGUGA